GUCCAAUAUUAAAAUUAAGAGUUGAGUACGGGAGAACAGCACAUGAUGGCCCAUGUUACUCUGUUGAAAUUUUGGAACAUAGGGCCUAUAAAUAUUCACCCCUGCUUCCGUAGAGAUCAACGUCAAAGCGAUUGAAGGUGAAAAAUCAGCCACCGAUCGAUCCAGGAGGAAAUGAAGAUGGGAGGCCUUGGCUGCUUUGGGAUCGCAUUAAUACUAAUGGGUGUUGUUGGAUUCUCAGGCCCUGCUCAAGCUCAAUUGACUAUGAACUUUUACCAAAAAAGCUGCCCAAACGCAGAGCAGCUUGUCAAAAAAUUCGUCGAGGAUCACAUCCCAAAUGCUCCAUCCUUAGCAGCAACAUUGAUCAGAACGCACUUCCAUGAUUGCUUUGUCAGGGGUUGUGAUGCAUCUGUGCUUCUGAACUUUACAUCAACCAACCCAAGCAACGCCACAGAGAAGACGGCCACUCCAAAUCUGACGCUCAGGGGAUUCAGCUUCAUAGACAGGGUGAAGAGCGUGGUUGAAGCAGCGUGCCCCGGCGUGGUCUCCUGUGCAGACAUUAUUGCUUUGGUUGCUAGAGACGCCAUUGUUGUUACAGGAGGGCCGUCGUGGAAUGUUCCGACGGGGAGGAGAGAUGGGGUGAUCUCAAAUCAAACAGAAGCAUUGAACAAUAUUCCCGCUCCAACCUUCAACUUCUCCGCUCUCCGAACAUCUUUUGCUAACAAGGGUCUUGAUGUCAAGGAUUUGGUAUUGCUUUCCGGCGCACACACAAUCGGCAUAGCUCACUGUUCCUCGUUCUCAAACCGGCUGUACAAUUUCACCGGCGUCGGAGACGAAGACCCGGCGCUGGACAGCGAGUACGCCGCCAAUUUGAAGGCCAAGAAGUGCAAAACCGCCACCGACAACUCCACCAUAGUGGAGAUGGAUCCGGGAAGUUUCCGGACCUUCGAUCUGAGCUACUACGGGCUUCUUCUGAAGCGCCGAGGGCUGUUCCAGUCCGACGCCGCUCUCACCACCAACUCCAACUCCACCGCCCUCGUCAAGCAGCUCCUCCAGGGCUCCCUCGCCAACUUCUACACCGAGUUCGCCCGCGCCAUGGAGAAAAUGGGUCGGGUCGAAGUCAAGACCGGGUCGACCGGCGAGAUCCGAAAGCACUGUGCCUUGGUGAACAGCUAGUGCAUGCGGGGACGAAUCUGUUGCUUUUCAAUUUUUUUGCGUUUUGCGCUGUUUGGGGCAGUGGUGUUUUUGUAAUCGUAGUGGAUUAAAAUGGAUCAUCAUCUGGUAAGAAGGGAUUGCUUUAUUUAUUCGUGGAAGUGUUUGGGUAAUUUGAGAUUGUGUUAUUUUAAUAAUUUAAUUAAUAAAAUAAAUGUGCUCUUCUGUUGGUGUGCUUGUAGAAUAA